AUGGAUUACGAGCCAAUCGAGUGCAAGUGUGGAGGUGAUAAAGAAGAAGAUAAACUCCUUGGAAGUUCAACUCCUUUUGCUACAACUUUUAAGUUGAACAUUCCUGGUUUCUUUUUUUCAAUCGCAUCAGCAUUUCAAGAUGCAAUUGACUUGUAUUUCAUCAAGGGAGGUUUUGGAACUGAUGGUGUAACAAUUGUUAGCAUCGCAAGUAUCAUUAGACAGUUGGUGGUCGGAUAUUCAUAUUUCCAUAUGCAAGGAACAUGUUCUAAAUUCAGUGAGAUGAUUGCAACAAAGUCCUAUAGAGAAGCAUGCAAACUUUAUGUAGAAAUGAUCAGAAUGUCAAUAAUUCUCGGUGUUUUUGCAACCAUAUGUUUGACUUUUUCAGUCCCAUAUAUACUGCCAUUGAUGGGAAUUCCCGAAAAUUUAGUUGCAAGUGCAAGAAACUACUUGAUGCCAAUUGCCUGCAUACCAUUUUUCAGCUUGAAUUUAACAAUUUCUGCAUCAAUUGUUCUCGCUUGUGGAAGAGCUAACUGGUAUUCAUUCAUUAAUAUCAGUGCUCUAGUAAUUUCUCUUGGUGCUGAUCCUUUAUUCAUAUAUGUUUUCAAAGCACCUAUUGAUUUUAUGGGCAUUGCAUUUAUUUUAGGUCCUGUUUCUCUUUCCAUUUUACUGUUGAUUCUUUUUUCAAUGAAUAGAUUUUGCAUUAGUCCGAAUUGGAAAGAAAUCAUAACGAAACCAUCAUCGCAAUUCUGGAAUUUGAUAUAUCUUUCCAUUCCUUCAACUUUAUCAAUCACUCUUAGUUCUAUUACACCUGUUGUAUUCUCCAUAUUCUUGAAGAAGUCAUCGGAAGAAAUAGGAUAUUCAACAGAAAUCUGCACUGUUUACUCAACAACAAUGAAGGUUUAUUCAAUGCUUAUUAUAGCUAUUCAAGGAGGGACAAGUGGAAUUGCACCAUCUGUGAGUUAUGCACUUCAUAAAGGAGAGUCAAAGAGGCUUUAUAGACUAUUCGAAUUUGGACAUUUAAUUCCAAUGUUCACUGUUUUUGUAAUAUCACCAAUAAUGAUUAUCAAUCCAGAAAUUAUCAUCAAAAUAUGGAUAAAGGAUGAAAACAUGCUCUCAUUUGUUAAUAAGAUUUCUCCAAUUCCAUUUUAUACAUCGUUUAUUGAACCAUUUGUUCAAAUUGUUGCUCCUUUAGUUAUUGUUUUUGGACAUUAUGGGUUAGCAACUAUAGCUCCUAUUGUUAAAGCUUCAUCUCUGAUGAUAGCAUCAGUAGUAAUGACAAAAGUGGUGAAAACGAAUUCAAUAUUAGUACUUUAUUCCUUAACAAUUCAAGAUUCUCUGAAUUUUAUAGCAUCAGUCUUUGUGAUGAUAUAUGUAUUGCAUGAAUACAAAUCAAGCUUUUAUGCUUUAUCUCCGUCUACAUCUCAGCAAGAAAUAUAA